CACGCCCCAUUCUGUCUCCAGCUUAAGUGUACUGUCUGCCUCACACCGUAAGGAUUCAGCUCCCUAUCUCUCUCCCAUUUUUCCCUCCUUCGCCUCCUCAUCCAUCCCCUCUAGGCUCCCUGUCCUUGAAAAUCUCUCUGGCGCUUUGCGCUUUUUAAUACCCAGUAUGUGAGGAGCCUUCGGACCCCUUCCCCAUUUAACCUCUGCAGCUUCCACGGCGUUACCACAUCCCUAAGCCCCAACUCUAACACACGCGCCCACACGCAGACACGCACGUUUCCUGUCCCUGUGUGACACCCACCCUCGUCGCGCGUCCGCACCCGUCCCCGCGCAGUGCCCUCCUCCCGCCACACACUCGCAAGCACGCGCGCGCAGGGCCGAGCCUAAGGCUGCUCGCCCCGCAGCCCGCACUCAAGACCUGCUCCAGUCUCGCAGCGCGGAUGGCAUCUCCGGGCUCCAGCUUUUGGUCCUUCGGGUCCGAAGAUGGCUCCGGGGAUCCUGAGAACCCCGGUACAGCGAGAGCCUGGUGCCAGGUGGCCCAAAAGUUCACAGGCGGCAUCGGAAACAAGCUGUGCGCUUUGCUCUACGGAGAUGCUGAGAAGCCAGCGGAGAGCACCGGGAACGUGCCCCCGCGGGCCGCCUCCCGGAAGGUCGCCUGCACCUGUGACCAGAAACCUUGCAACUGCCCCAAAGCGGAUGUCAACUAUGCUUUUCUACACUCAACAGACCUACUGCCAGCGUGUGAAGGAGAAAGGCCCACUUUGACAUUUCUGCAAGAUGUUAUGGACAUUUUGCUUCAGUAUGUGGUGAAAAGUUUCGAUAGAUCAACCAAAGUGAUUGAUUUCCAUUAUCCUAAUGAGCUUCUUCAAGAGUAUAAUUGGGAAUUGUCAGACCAGCCACAAAAUUUGGAGGAAAUUUUGAUGCAUUGCCAAACAACUCUAAAGUAUGCAAUUAAAACAGGGCACCCCAGAUACUUCAAUCAACUUUCCACUGGAUUGGAUAUAGUCGGAUUAGCAGCAGACUGGCUGACAUCAACAGCUAACACUAACAUGUUCACCUAUGAGAUUGCCCCAGUAUUUGUGCUAUUGGAAUAUGUCACACUAAAGAAAAUGAGAGAAAUAAUUGGCUGGCCAGGGGGCUCUGGCGAUGGGAUAUUUUCUCCUGGUGGCGCUAUAUCUAACAUGUAUGCCAUGCUGAUUGCUCGCUUUAAGAUGUUCCCAGAAGUCAAGGAGAAAGGAAUGGCUGCUGUCCCCCGGCUCAUUGCCUUCACGUCGGAGCAUAGUCAUUUUUCUCUCAAGAAGGGAGCCGCAGCCUUAGGAAUUGGAACAGACAGCGUGAUUCUGAUUAAAUGUGAUGAGAGAGGGAAAAUGAUCCCAUCUGAUCUUGAAAGAAGAAUCCUUGAAGCAAAACAGAAAGGAUAUGUUCCUUUCCUUGUGAGUGCCACAGCUGGAACCACUGUGUAUGGAGCAUUCGAUCCCCUCUUGGCGGUUGCUGACAUUUGCAAAAAGUAUAAGAUUUGGAUGCACGUGGAUGCAGCUUGGGGAGGGGGAUUACUGAUGUCCCGGAAACAUAAGUGGAAGCUGAGCGGCGUGGAGAGGGCCAACUCUGUGACAUGGAAUCCACACAAGAUGAUGGGAGUCCCUCUGCAGUGCUCCGCCUUCCUGGUUAGAGAAGAGGGAUUGAUGCAGAGUUGCAACCAGAUGCAUGCCUCCUACCUCUUCCAGCAAGAUAAACACUACGACCUGUCCUAUGACACUGGAGACAAGGCCUUGCAGUGUGGACGCCAUGUCGAUGUUUUUAAACUAUGGCUAAUGUGGAGGGCAAAGGGGACUACUGGAUUUGAAGCACACAUUGAUAAGUGUUUGGAGCUGGCAGAGUAUUUAUACAAUAUCAUAAAAAACCGAGAAGGAUAUGAAAUGGUGUUUGAUGGAAAGCCUCAGCACACAAAUGUCUGCUUCUGGUAUAUACCUCCCAGUUUGCGUACUCUGGAAGACAAUGAAGAGAGAAUGAGCCGCCUCUCAAAGGUGGCUCCRGUGAUCAAAGCCAGAAUGAUGGAGUAUGGGACCACUAUGGUCAGCUACCAACCCUUGGGAGACAAAGUCAAUUUCUUCCGCAUGGUCAUCUCAAAUCCUGCAGCAACUCACCAAGACAUUGACUUCCUGAUUGAAGAAAUAGAACGCCUUGGGCAAGAUUUAUAAUAACUUAACUCACUAAGCUGUUUCAAUUCUCUAAAGAACCUGCCCUCAGCUAAGUCCCCUCCUGAGAAAUCUCCUUUGAGAACUGUGUGAUUUCAGAAAAUGCAAGGUGAACACUACUUCAUCUGGAGGAAUAAAAGAAGCCAAUUAUGGAGUGUCACAAAUAGCCAACAUUGCAGGUGUUGACUUCUGGGUCUUGGAGUAGGUGCUACUCCUCAGAAUAUGGACCAAGAAAGCACAGGUGUACAUAUAGUARCAGGGCAAAGGAUCGAGGAACCUCAAACUGGGAAUCAUCUUGCACGUGCUCUUCUGUUUUAAGUGCUAAAUGCAAACUGUGUAUCUAUUAGUCAUGUGUGCCAAAAUACUGUUCCCAACUGGUGUUUCUGAAUGACGUCAACAUUUCCCCAGCAUCACUCCAUUACUAAAGACAGAAAAAAAAAUUAAAAAAUAAAAUAUACAAACAUGUGGUAACCUGUUCUUCUUACCAAAUGUAAACUUGUGUAUGAUCAAAGUAUUUUAUCUGUGUUGUCUCUCUUAACCYAAAUAAAUGUGUAAAUGUGGAUACCUCUC